CAGCGACAACCUCCUUCUCAAGCAGCGGGGAGGAGACGAUGCUGACGCUGGCUUAGGUCGGUGUCAAUUCUGACGGCGAUGGUUUAAAUCCAAGAGAAAAACAGAGGACAAGAUCAAGAGAAAAACAUAAAUCCAAACCCAGAAAAGAUUUGAAGAAAACAGGGACGCGUCAGUUAAUCCAUCUCCCCUCCCUUUCUAUCCCCGUCCCCGUGAACCCGCACCCUUCCAGCCUCCCAUCUCCGUUCUCCACUGGCGCCCUUCCGGAACCCUCAGCUCAGCCCCUCCUAAUCCCAACCAAAGUUAUUAAUCUCUUUUUUAAGCCAAAUCACUUCCCCUCCGCAAAUCCUAGUUGCUUCCCUUCGAUCCAGUUGGAGUUCUCGUGCCCAAUUCGUCGUGGCUGUGAGUUGCCGCUGCCGCUGCUGCCACCAAGGUGAGUGAUCUGAUCUGGUGGGCGGGCUGCGGCGUGGAGGUGGGAGCGGUUUUGGUUUUGGGAGGAGCAGCUAUGCUGAUUGAAGCGUCGCCCAACUGAGCAUGAGGGGGUGGGGUUGCUGGUGGUCCGCGUGGCGUGGAUGAUGGGAUCGCCGGAAGGGCGGCUCGUGGAGUUGUUCGGUGCGGUGAAGUCUUGGAUGCCGCGGCGGGGCCAGCACUCGCCGCCGCUCGCGUCGCAAUCGGCAGCGGCGGCGCAGCCGCAGCAAUCACAUGACUCGUCGAGGGACUUCUGGAUGCCGGACCAGAGUUGCCGCGUGUGCUACGACUGCGACGCGCAGUUCACCAUCCUGAACCGACGCCACCACUGCCGCCACUGCGGCCGCGUGUUCUGCGCCCGGUGCACGGCCAACUCUGUGCCCCGGUCGCCGGGGGACGCUGCGAGGGAGGACGGUGAGAGGAUCAGGGUCUGCAACUACUGCUUCAAGCGCUGGCUGGAGGAGGAGGCCGCCGCCCGGAGGGACGUGGCGCAGCCGUCGAGCCCGGUGCUGAGCCUGUCGCCGUCCGCCGCGAGCGUCAGGAGCGACAAGUCCAGCUCCACUGGGCGUAGCAGCGCGGGGACGAACGGGCAGAUCUCGUCCUACGCCAACGUCAGCUACACGGACUUUGCAUCUGUGCCUGUCCACGGCGAGGGCUGUCCUGAGAAGCAGCAGGCUGUGAUGGAGCCCGCUGGGGGCAUGGAACCUGUUGCUUAUGUGGACAACCCGUCGGAUCCAUUCAACUUUUGCUUGAAUAGGAGUGAUGAUGAAGAUGAUGACUAUGCAGUUUUCCACUCAGAUUUGGAAGGGCAGCACUUGCAAAACUCUGAUGAAUAUUAUGGACCGAUGUAUUUUGAUGGUCAUCAAGUUGACUGUAGUGAUGAUGCAAAAGAAUCUACAUCCCCUAGGAAAGAUAUGACAACCUUAGUUGAUUCCUUGGGAGCAGAUAAGAAUGAAGAUCAUAGCAUUGAUAAUUAUGAGUGCUGCAAUGCUCGAUCGUCUUCCUUGUAUAGCAUGGAAGUGCUAGAAAAUGAAGUUGUGGACUUUGAAAACAAUAGCUCACUUUGGGUACCUCCAGAACCUGAGGACGAAGAGGAUGAUCAUUAUGGUGUUCUAUGUGAUGAUGAGGAAGGGGAGGAUGCCACAGGAGAGUGGGGAUAUCUACGCUCAAACAGCUUUGGCAGUGGACACUGUCGAAGUAGAGAUAAAUCGGUUGAGGAACACAAGAAUGCCAUGAAAGAAAUAGUUGAUGGCCAUUUUCGGGCAUUAGUUUCUCAACUUCUUCAGGCUGAAAGGGUACCAUUGGUUGAUAAAGCUGGCAAAGAGAGUUGGCUUGAUAUAGUUACUUCUUUGUCUUGGGAAGCUGCAUCACUUUUGAGACCAGAUACCAGCAAAGGAGGUCGGAUGGACCCUGGUGGCUAUGUUAAGGUGAAAUGCUUGGCUUGUGGUCGCCCAAGUGAAAGCUUUGUUGUAAAAGGAGUUGUUUGUAAGAAGAAUGUUGCUAAUCGACGCAUGUCAUCAAAAAAAGAAAAGCCACGAAUCCUAAUUCUUGGUGGUGCACUCGAAUACCAGCGUGUAUCGAAUUUGCUUUCAAGUUUUGAUACUUUACUGCAGCAGGAAACAGAUUAUCUGAAAAUGGCAGUUGCGAAGAUCAAAGCACACCAACCAAGUGUCGUAUUGGUAGAGAAAUCUGUGUCUCGUUAUGCUCAAGAUUUAUUUCUGGAGAAAAACAUUUCACUUGUUCUGAAUAUCAAAAGGCCACUGCUGGAAAGGAUAUCUCGGUGUACUGGUGCUCAUAUAGUUCCCUCGAUUGAUUAUUUGUCAUCCCAAAAGCUUGGGCAUUGCGACUUAUUCCAUGUAGAGAAGUACGUUGAAGAGUAUGGGACUGCUGGGGAAGGUGGGAAGAAAAUGCUUAAAACCCUUAUGUUUUUUGAAGGCUGUCCAAAACCCUUGGGUUGUACAAUCUUGCUCAAAGGCGCUAAUGGUGAUGAGCUCAAAAAAGUGAAGCAUGUUGUGCAAUAUGGAGUAUUUGCAGCCUAUCACCUGGCUCUUGAAACAUCUUUCCUUGUGGAUGAAGGUGCAACCCUUCCAGAACUCCCACUCAAGUCACCAAUUAUUGUUGCUUUGCCAGAUAAACCUUCCAGUGCUGAUAGAUCCAUCUCGACAAUACCUACCUUACCAAUGCCUAGUGCUCCAUUACCAAAUAAUAACCUGCGAGUGCUUGAUAUGCAAAAUGAUGAUUUAACAUUUAAUGGUAUAAAGAGAAUGGAACAAACAGUAUUGGCAUGCUCUCCAGAGAAUAAAAGCCACCAAAGAUUGGGAGUUGGUUCUGAAGAAAUGGCAUCUGUUCAAAUCAAUAGCCAGAAUGGAAACAUUGCCUGUUUUCUGGGCAUGGUUCCUCAAUCAUCUAUUGGUCCCUUGGUUCAGCAGUCGAACAUUGCAUUUUGCCAUUAUCCUGAUUGUACUAGAGAUGUGAAUAGCAAAAUGAACUUUGAAGAACGCCAGCCAGAAACCACUAGAAAUAUGCUGGUUAGUGACUUCGGUGUAUUGCCUGCUCAUCCUACAAAUUUGAUGUCUGUUGAGAAGGAUAAUUCACUUACCAAUAAUUCUGGGAUUGCUGACAAGAUGGCAGGUAAGCCAGUUGCUCCUCUCAACGUACAGGUUUCUCAUGAUGAUGAUAGCAGAAAGGAUGAUUCAAUUGCCAAAAAGGAUGAAAUUCCAGCAUCUCCUGCUGACAAUCAGAGUAUAUUAGUUUCUCUGUCAUCUCGUUGUGUUUGGAAAGAAACUCUAUGUGAGCGGCCACACCUUCUCCGCAUAAAAUAUUACGGUAACUUUGACAGACCUUUAGGCAGGUUUCUGCGUGACGAGCUAUUUGAUCAGAACAACCUUUGCCGCUCUUGUGAGCUGCCACCAGAGGCCCAUGUUUAUUGCUACGUUCACCCCCAAGGCAGCUUAACAAUAUCAGUAAGGAAACUUCCAGUAAAGUUGCCUGGUGAACAUGACGGUAGAAUUUGGAUGUGGCACAGAUGCUUACGGUGUCCUCAGGUUAAUGGGCUCCCUCCAGCAACUAAAAGAGUAGUGAUGUCUGAUGCUGCCUGGGGCUUGUCUUUUGGUAAAUUUUUGGAACUUAGUUUUUCAAAUCAUGCAGCAGCAAGUAGGGUAGCCAGCUGUGGUCAUUCUCUUCACAGGGAUUGCCUUCGCUUUUACGGCUUUGGUGAAAUGGUUGCUUGCUUCCGAUAUGCAUCAAUCAAGGUUCACUCUGUGUAUCUGCCACCACCAAAACUUGAUUUUACUUCCCAGCAUCAGGAAUGGGUAGAACAAGAAGCAAAAGAGGUGGUUGACUCAGCUGAACUUCUGUUCACUGGAGUUCUGAACGCACUCCACCAAGUUUCAGGAAAAAGGCCAAUUACAGGUUCUUUUGAUGGCAAUUUGGAGAUCCUCGAGUUAAGAAGAAAUAUUGUGGAACUGGAAGAGAUCCUGCAAGCAGAGAAAACUUACUUUAUGGAGUCAUUAAACCUGCUGAAAAAGGAUAUGGGAAAGGGACAGGCGUUCCUUGAUAUUCUUGAAGUUAACGAACUAAGGAGGCAGCUAUUGUUUCUGUGUUACUUGUGGGAUAAACGACUGAUCUUGGUAGCAACUUCAGGUGGCAAGUACUAUGCCACACUAGAACGUUUACGGAUUGGGUGGGGGAAUUCUGAUAAAUCAGUUGAUCCCAGUGCAACUACAAAGUUAGAGAAGAGCACUAAGGUCACAGAAAUUCUGUCAAAAGCUAAGGAAGGAUCCUUACAACAGAGCUCAAGGCCACUUCAUAGUGAAGAUGAGGGGCUAAACCAGGCCAAUCAAUCUAAUGAAAAUGGCUCAAAAAAGGUUGCAAAGUUGAAUGGUGCUGAAGAUGCAAUGGCCAAAAUCAAUCAUGCCAACAGCGAAGACAUUAGGGAUCACCUAGAUAACCAAGAAUCCAGACUUGGCGUUCGUAGGGUUGUUUCUGAUGGACAAUUCCCAGUGAUGACAGAUAUUCCAGACACAUUGGAUGCGAAAUGGAGAGGUGAGAAUGGACCUGUUCCUGAUGCAAACUUGGUGAAGCCACUACCUUCAGUUGAUGGUGCAGCAGUUGAUGUUAAAAAUCAAGCCAAGGUUGUUCCAUCCCAUACUUCUGCUUUAUCUGUCCGUUCUGGAGAUACAGCAGAAGACUUACUAAGAUGGCUUAAGAUGCCAUACAUGACAUCCUAUAAUUCCUUAAACACAAACUCCGGUACAGCACUGGGAUUUGCUUCCUUGGCUGACUACACUCCUGCAUGCAUUGAGUUGUUUUGUGAGCUAUCACAGCAAGGUGGAGCAAGACUUUUUCUGCCUACUGGUGCUAAUGAUAUUGUCAUCCCAGUAUUUGAUGAUGAACCAACUAGUAUUAUUUCCUAUGCACUUAUUUCACCCAUGCACCGCUUUCAAUUGUCGGAUGAGAGCAGCAAAAAUAGGGACAGUACAGAUUCUUCGCUUCCAUUGCCUGUCUAUGAUUCAGGAAAUUUUAAUCCAUUUCAUUUAUUUGAGGAUUUUGGAUCGAUUGAUGAUUUUACUUCAUCAAUGUCUGGAGGUAGAGGAUCCUUUGCUCCUGAUCUGGUGCACUCAAGAGUUUCUUUUGAAGAUGGUGGGCCACUUGGGAAAGUGAAAUAUACUGUGACUUGCUAUUUUGCAAAAAGCUUUGAAGCACUGAGAAGGUCUUGCUGUCCAUCUGAGCUUGACUUUUUGAGGUCUAUCAGUCGAUGCAAGAAAUGGGGAGCGCAAGGUGGUAAAAGUAAUGUAUUUUUUGCAAAAUCUUUGGAUGAUAGAUUUAUAAUAAAGCAAGUCACAAAGACAGAGCUUGAAUCAUUCCUUAAGUUUGGCCCAGAAUAUUUUAAAUAUUUGUCAGAGUCCAUAGGCACUGGAAGUCCUACAUGCCUAGCAAAAAUUUUGGGGAUCUAUCAGGUUACAAUUAAGCAUGUGAAGGGUGGUAAGGAGUCAAAAAUGGAUUUGCUGGUGAUGGAAAAUCUUUUGUUUGGACGGAAUAUCACCAGGCUUUAUGAUCUCAAGGGAUCUUCAAGGUCAAGAUAUAAUGCAGAUUCCAGUGGCAGCAACAAGGUUCUUCUUGACCAGAACUUAAUUGAGGCGAUGCCAACAUCGCCGAUUUUUGUUGGGAACAAGGCAAAGCGCCUACUGGAAAGAGCUGUUUGGAACGAUACUUCUUUUCUAGCAGGAAUUGAUGUGAUGGAUUAUUCCUUGCUUGUGGGAGUUGAUGAGGAGAAACAUGAACUGGUCUUGGGAAUUAUUGAUUUUAUGAGGCAGUAUACAUGGGACAAACACCUCGAAACAUGGGUCAAAUCUUCUGGCAUUCUUGGUGGGCCGAAGAAUGCCUCUCCAACUGUAGUUUCACCAAUGCAAUAUAAGAAGCGGUUUAGGAAAGCCAUGUCUGCUUAUUUUAUUGUGAUUCCUGAGCAAUGGAUGCCUGCAAUAAUAAAUCCGAGCAAAUCAUCAUCAAAUAUAUGUGAAGAAAAUUCUCGAAAUGCUUGGCAAGAGUAAUAAGAUGUUCAGCGCAUUAUAUUGGAUUGAUGGUGCCGUUUCAUCCUGCUCCUGUUAUGCUAAACUGGUGAGUCUGGCUUGGCUACUCCAGGUGGCAUCAAAGUGAUCUUCCAACUGGGACCGUAUUCUCCUGUGCUAAUUGGCACAGAUCCGAUUGCAUCAUUGAGUCCCGUCUCAAGCAUCAGAUGUGUACAUUCUUGAAACUGUAAUUAUGCCAUAGUCUUAGUUUUUUUCUUCUUUCGUCUAUAAUAAAUCAGUUCAUAGUGUCAGCUCUUCUCUGUCGUCAGCGCUUAAUUUUGGUUGGAUGUAAAGAACAAGGAGAGCGGUGAAUUCUUUUGUUUUUGUAAGUGGUCGUUGUAUAUUAAGUUUCUCUAUCCGUUAUUUAUUUGGGGAGCUACUGCCGUCUGAUAACAAAAUAGUAGUUUCAUGCAGAUGUGGAAUUCUUAAGUUCUUCAGACGGAAGUCACAGUUAUAUCCUUAAUAACAACCAGGUUGAUAUUUGUUC